AUGAGCGGUGGCAAGUCUGUCUCCUUACCUCUUUCUGAUUGCACUGCUCACAAAAAGAAUAGUCUUCAAGUUGGUUCAUUAUCUCCAAACUCUCACAGGAAAACAAAUGAUAUCAAGCUUCUCCGUUGUGAACUCUGCAACAAAUUUUUUUCUGAAGCUGAUUUUGAUUUCAAAGCUAUAGGUGCAGUACCACUGACCAGGGAGAAAAUCACUGUGUGUCCUGACUGUAAUAAGAAGAUUCUUGAAGGUUCUAGAAUGGCUCCUCCAACCCAAACCAAAAAUCUGGAGGCUUCCCUUCCAACUGCAGGGAAUGGCUCCACCCACCUAAACAAUGUGACAGCUGCAAGAUCCAGCCAGUGCUGCUGUAUGGCCUCUCACCAAUUAACCACGUCCCAAAUAUCAGCAAACAUGUCUGAAACCGUCGGUCCAGAAUUGCUACGGACAAUCAAAACUGAGCCUCCCAGUGAGCCAUAUGCUGCCGUCUGUACAACACAGGCCAACAACCCCCACACAUAUCACAACCAUACUUAUCAAACAAAAUGUUCAAUCUAUUUGACUGCCAAUCUAAAACCAUGUGGUAAACGGGACAAAGAAUCUGUGACCAGUAAGCAAGACCCCUCUUCUUGUGGUGACCAACAGAAGAAAAAACCUAAACUUGAUGAUGAUGAUGAGAAUAAAGGCCCUGGCAUGGAGAAAAGACAAAGCACAAACACUGAGACCCUGAUUAAAAGAGAGAAUAGUCCUUCUUCAGAUUGUUCUGCAGAUGUGAAACCUUCAUUUGUUGAAGUCAAACCUUCCAGUAAUGGUCAUGCUAAAAUAGAAGUAAAACAAGAAACAAGCCCAACAGAGUCGAGCAAGUCCAACUUUCAAUUCAAAUCUCCAACUAAACCUGCUCCUCUCUCAUCAUCAGGAGCUACUAGCCACAAGCCAAAAGUCAACAGUACAUCAAACACUUACAUGUUUGAAGGCAGCAUGCUUUGGAAGCCUGUCCAUCCCGGGCAAGCACCAUCAGCAUCAUCUCCCAAAGUUGAUAGCACUGAAGAGAAGCCCAAGUCAUCUUCAAGUACAGAAAAGAAAGAAGAGGAUGAGAACACCUUCUGUUGUGAAGGUAGCCUCUUUAUCAAGCCUGUUCUUCCUAACGAAUUUGCAUUUGAAGGCACCAUGUUUAUCAAACCCGACUCUCCUUUGUUGGCACAAGCUCCUGUUUCUUUUCCUAAUCAGCCAAGUGCAUCAGGAUUAUCGUCCAUGCCUCAAACCACCAAAACUCUAACCAUCCAGUCGGUGUUCACAAAUUCUGGCCAGGUAAUCAGUAGUAUCACUACUACUUCAUCAGGAGAUAAAAGUGGACAUGUUGGUAGUAAUGGCAACUCACAACAGACUCAGCUUAGUACGGUAGUAACCACAACUUGUGUGGGGAGUGGUUCUAAAUGCACCGUAACCAGCUGCUGCACAAACCAAAUCGCAACAAAGGAUAGUGAACUGAAAAAGAAACCAGAACAAGAGAAAGAGACCUCAGCUGGGUUCUCACAGUGCCAGACUUCAGGCAGUGGAGGAGGUGGAGGGGGUCACACUGACUUUAGUGUCAAGUCCAUCCUCAGCGCCACUGACCGCCGGAGUUAUUGUGACUCCCGCCGGUAUCAGCAACACUGA